UAGUAUGAGAGGAGAGAGGUCUGUGGGAGAAGCGGACUCUCUGCUGAGCAGGGAGCCUGAUGUGGGACUUGAUCCCAGGACUUCAGGAUGGUGACUUGAGCCAAAGGCAGUUGCUUAACCAACUGAGCCACCCAGGCGCCCAGGAAAGCACAAAAUAAAGAUUAAUAAUUUAAUGUCCAUGAAAAUAUACCAUUUAUUUUUAAAUUUAGUUUUCAUAGGAAUUAUAUUACAUUUAAGAAUAAUUUGAAGGUCAAAUAUUUUUCCCUUGCAAGAAUUUCUAAGUAUGUGUGAUGAUUGCCAAAAAACACCCUACCCGGUCAUAAAUUAAAUGAAUUACUGACAAUUUGAGAAACAAAAUUAUAAAAAUCAAUUCCCUCUUUUUUUUUUUUUUUGAGAGGGAGAGAGGUGGAUAGGGGCAGAGUGGAGAGAGAAUCUUAAGCAGACUCCACACUGAGCAUGCAGCUGAGGCAACAUGGGGACUCAGUCUCACAACCCUGCGAUCAUAACCUAAGCCAAAAUCAAGAGUCUGACGCUUAAUUGACUGGGCCACCCAGGCACUCUAUAAAAUCGGUUUCAAAUUUACAGUGAAAAUAAUUUUUAUUGUUGAAUGUGGGGGAUAUUCACAUAUAUUUGAUAUAAUGUAUAGGAGUAUGGUGAUUUUUGUCAUUCCAGUUUAAGUAUAUGGACUGCCAAAGCAAGCGUGGACUAUGGUGGUUUUUAAAAGCUCUGAAUAUUCUUUAAAAUUUUCUCCAGAGAACUAGAAGUAUAAUCAGAAACUACCUGCUGCAAACACCAAGUAUCUUUCAAUUCCCAAAUCUUCAAAUUUCAUAAGAAAUAAGACCUUAAUAGUUCAUAAAAAAUUGUUCUCUGUUUUGUUAUAAUCUGUAUUUGCUUAAUUCCAUUUUUAAUUAUCCAUCAUUGAGCUAAAAUCAUGCUCCAGGAAGAAGUACCAUGUUUACCCUGUGGGUGUGUUUGAGUAUCUGGCACACCACCCCUGGGAUGUGGGAGUUCUAGAGUUUGAGACUGACAGCUCUUUCCUGAGAGAUAUAGCAGCAAUCCUCUUCUCUUUCUUCUUCUUUUGAGAAAGAUUUGAGAAAUCAUUGCAGCAAGUUGUAAAGCCUUUGACUUGAUGAAAAGAUCUAAGGAGAGGGGCCAGGCUGGCUCAGUUGGUAGAGCAUGUGACUUUUGAUCUCAGGGUUGUGAGUUUGAGCCCCAUGUGUGUCCUAGAGUUUACUUAGAAAAAAUAAAAAAAGGUCUAAGGAGUUGUUUUGGGGUUUGUUUUUGUUUUUACCACAUGGAGACGUCAUUUAACUGUAGUGUACAGUCUAUAUACAUGUGCAGGGAAAAUUAGGUAAUAUUCUUUGAGAAUAAUCCAAGGUGUUUUCAAUGUAAGAGGCACCUAGGAAUAAGCUUUUAUUCUUCUUUUUCCAGUCCUUUGUAAGAGUUCACCCCAGAACCACUUGUAAGCUUUACAUGGGUUCUUCCAUGUUUCUCCCUGCUCUUUCUCAAUGGUACAUCAUAAUUGCACCUUUGGCCAUGAAACGUCUACUUCUUGGGAAACUAGGGCUGCCUCCCUUCACCUGAGGAUAAACUGCUCUCAUAUUCUCUCCUCACAGCCCGCUGACAAACUAUCAUGAUUACCCAGAAUCCUGUCUUCAACAGUCCUCUGAUUGAACCUUCCCUGGGCUCAGGGUUCCCUAAAAGUCCCCCUUCUUCAUAGCUCUCACCUCCUAUCGUACUGUAUCAUCUCAGGAAAUUGGAGCUCCCAUCCCUUCUGCGUGGAUGCUACAUCCUCUUUUAGGGAGGCAUUUGGUGUGUCUUGAUGGUCUUUGUGUUCCAGGACCUAGCACAGUGGUCUGAUACCUGCAAGGGCUUGUGUAAAAUUUGUUACUACAGUAACUGAUAAAUGAGUGAAAGAGUGUGAGUGGGUUUUGUAAUGCUACAAUAUGGUAAAUCAAUACUCACCAAUUCUGAGGAAUAGAAAAACAUGGUUGGGACAUGAAAUUGUGUUCAGGAAAAAAAGAUUUAUUUAUUUAUUUAUUUGUCAGAGAGAGAGAGAGAGAGAGAGAGCGCGAGCGAGCAUGAGCAGGGGAGGGAGCGGCAGGCAGGGGAGGAGGGAGAAGCAGGUUCCCUGCUGAACAAGGAGCCCCUUGCAGGACCCUGGGAUCAUGACCUGAGCUGUAGGCAGACGCUUACUCCACUGAGCCACCCAGGCGGCUCUCAGGAAACUUUUAAAUAGACUUUCCAAAGAAACAGAUUGACGAAAAGUUUGAGAUUAAUGAGGAAGAGAAAAGAAAAGAUGUAAUUAGGUGACUGAAGAUACUUGAUUCAUGUCAGAGAGCAAAGUCCCUGUACUUUUAGCCUGAUCAGGCAAUGCUCUUCUAUACCCCUAGCACACCUCCUUUGGCCUUUGGCAGGACCCUUUACUGGAAGAGAUGAUGAUGGGCCUGGGCUCCCUGUUGUUGGUCUACGUGCUGGGUCUGGGUCUGACCCCACCAGCCCUGGCUCAGGAUGACCCUAUAAGAAGCUUCCUGACCAAGCACUAUGAUGCCAAACCAUGGGGCCGGAAUGACAAAUACUGUGAAAUCAUGAUGAAGAGAAGAGGCCUGACCACACCCUGCAAAGACACCAAUACCUUUAUUCAUGACAACAAGAACAACAUCAAAGCCAUCUGUGGAAAUAUUGGAGAACCUUACUGAGAAGGUUUAAGACGAAGCAAGUCUCUUUUCCAGGUCACCACCUGCAGGCAUAGGGGAGGGUCCCCUCGGCCUCCAUGCCAGUAUAGAGCUACCGCAGGGUUCAGACACAUUGUUGUUGGCUGUGAACAUGGCUUACCUGUUCACUUUGAUGAGUCCUUUUUCAGUCCGUAAUCAGAGGCCACAGCUGGCUCUGCUCUCUUUUCCUUGCAUUUCUCUCCACAUCCCAGAAUGGUGGUGGCAACAUUCAUGGUCAGGGGCCUAGAGAAUGAGCUGCCUGGAUCUCUUGUUUUCCAACAUGAUCUCUUUAUUUUACAACAUGUUCAGUAAAUAAAAAUGUCUCUGAAAUCA